AUGGAAUUAGCAAAAUUAUUAGAGUACAAAAGCUUAUCGCAUGAAUACAAGAAGUCUUUAAGAGAAAAAAAAGAAAAUGCGAAAAAAGAAGUGUUAGCCGCAAUUGUCAUACAAAAAUGCUGUAGGGGAUUCCUAGCAAGAAAGACGUACAUGAUUUAUAAGCAAUUUUUGAAUCAUGUGAAGGGCCAAAUAGAGAUUUUCCGAUGCAAGUGUUUGUUAAAAAAAAUGAAACAUCAGAAGUUGGAGCAGCAGAAAAUCAUAUUCCUUUCAGAUAAUGCAAUAAAAAUACAGAAGACCUUUCGUGGCUUCUACUCGAGGAAAUACAUUCACGAUUUUUUUAAGAGAAAAAGACAGAUUAUCGAAAUGGACAAUUAUGUAAAAGAACAAAGAGAAUAUAUGCUUCUAGGACUUGCGGAAAAAGAAAAUAAGCAACUGCUGCACAAUAAGAAGCUCAAAGAUAAGAAAAUACAUGAUGUUGCAAAGAAUCUGCAUCACCUAGUGUCCACAAAAGCGCAAAGAGGAGUCUACAAUUAUAAAAUAGAAAACAUAAUAAAGGAGCAGAAAAAGAAGAUAAAAAUAAGAAGGAAAAUAAGAAGGAUAAGAAAAAUACGAAGAACAAUAAAAAGGAAAAGGUAA